AUGAGCACGAAUCGCGCAUACAAACACACAAUAUUGAAAAGUAUCCAAGGAAAAGAAAGUCAACGCUUGUUCGGCCUCCUGUUCGGUGCCCUUACACUUCUGGUCACCAAAGCGCUGGUGGUGGCCAAACUGGCCUUCCUAGCGGCGGCGGCGUUAGGCCUCCACAAAAUAUUGAGUGGGGGAGGCCUUAACAACAUCAGUGGAAAGAUCGCGAGCUUCCAGUCCUCGCCACAGCAGUGGUCGUCUCCAACGGCAUCAGCCGCGUCAUACCCUUACGCGAGAUCCGCCAGCUUGGUGGCCGACGCAAGUGACUUAGCAUACAAAGCCCAAAUUCCAUCG